UCACCGUUCAUCUCAGACAGGAAAGUUCAUGCGGUGGUGUUACGGGGGCCACAACCUGGUCGACUCUCCAUAUACGAUGGAAUAUGUAUUCAGUUUGCCUGUCAAUGCCCGAGUUUUAAACAUAGGCUCGCGACAUUUCCAACUACACGUGCGUAAAAUAGCGUGACACGCGCCGCCAUCAGGCGGUUUGUACGUUUGAAUGCACUUUUAGUGUUUGUGUGCAAGUGAAUUUCUUGUAUUUAGGAUAAUCCCGAAUAUGGAGUUUUGUUUCUUGGUAGUAAAUUCGUGUGCAAUUGGAUACACCUAUAUUUGAAACGAAUGAUUGGUCAUGGAGACCCAUCUCCAAGACAGAGACCGUGUAGGAGUUCAAGACGCUGUUCUCUUAGAAGAUUACCAAAGCGAGGAAGUUUUUAUUGAUAAUUUACACAAGAGAUUUAAAGAAAAUUUAAUUUAUACCUACAUUGGACAAGUACUGAUCUCAGUUAACCCCUACAAGCAACUCGACAUCUACGGACCAAAAGAUGUUAAAGCCUAUCACAACAAACACUUUUUUGAAGUUCCUCCUCAUGUAUUUUCCAUUACCGACACUGCCUUCAGAUCCCUGAAAAAUGAGAACAGAGAACAAUGUAUUUUAAUUUCCGGAGAAUCUGGUUCGGGAAAAACUGAAGCGUCAAAAAAAGUCCUUCAAUAUAUAGCUGAGGUCACCGAUCGCAGAGGAGAUGUAGAAAAAGUAAAGGACAAACUACUUCAAUCUAACCCAGUUCUAGAAGCAUUUGGAAACGCAAAAACGAAUCGUAAUGAUAACUCCAGUAGAUUCGGAAAAUACAUGGACAUCCAGUUCAAUUACGAAGGAAAUCCAUCCGGUGGAAAUAUCUUAAACUACCUCUUAGAAAAAUCACGCAUAAUCAGCCAGGUCCCGGGUGAAAGAAAUUUUCAUGUAUUCUACCAACUUCUGCUAGGUGCCGAAGAUCAAGAACUAGGGCGUCUUAAUUUGAAGAGAGAUUUAGAUUCAUAUUAUUACCUAUCCAACGGAAGUAAAGGAAAUGGUAUCGAUGAUAAAAAAGGCUAUGAGGCUGUACGAAAUGCUCUGACGAUAAUUGAAUUUAACAAACAGGAGCAAGACGAAAUGUUUCAGAUUACAGCUGCAAUUUUACACUUGGGUAACGUAGGUUUUUCUGAAGAAGAGGGAAUUGCCCAAAUUGUGAAACCUGAACUAAUCGAAACUAUUAGCGAGCUAUUAGGAUGUAACGCCGAGGAUCUUAAAAAUGCCUUAACCAAUCGUACUAUUGAAACAAUUAGGGAUGUUGUAACAACACCACUGAGUCGUGAAUUAGCUAUCUAUGCAAGAGAUGCUUUAGCAAAAGCUGUGUAUGACCGUCUUUUCUCGUGGUUGGUGUACCGUCUCAAUUCUUCAUUGAAAAUUAAAGAUAUGAGAAGCUACAAUGUUAUGGGUAUUUUGGAUAUAUAUGGCUUCGAAAUCUUUGACAAGAAUAGCUUUGAACAGUUGUGCAUCAAUUUUUGCAACGAAAAGUUGCAACAGCUCUUUAUCGAACUUACUCUAAAGUCGGAGCAAGAAGAAUAUCUGAAGGAAGGAAUUGAAUGGCAAAAUAUUGAAUAUUUUGAUAAUAAAGUUAUCUGUGACUUGAUUGAGGAAAAACACAAAGGACUUAUUGCUUUCAUGGACGAAGAAUGCCUACGACCCGGAGAUUCCACAGAUAUGACGAUGUUAACCAAACUAGAUAAAAAUCUAAGUUACCACAAUCACUUCGUCAGUCAUAAAAAAGCCGAUGUUAAACUCCAGAAGAUUAUGGGAAGAGAUGAAUUUCGUUUAAUUCAUUAUGCUGGGGCCGUUACCUACAAUGUUAAAGGAUUCUUGGAAAAAAAUAACGACUUGCUUUUCCGUGAUUUGCGAGAAACGAUGUCGAAGUCGUCGAACAAUAUCAUCCAGUCGGUAUUUUUGAAAGAGGAACAGAAGAGCAAGAAACGUCCGGAAACAGCGAUUACUCAGUUCAAGAACUCACUUAAUAAUUUGAUGCACAUAUUGAUGGAUAAAGAACCUUCUUAUAUUAGGUGCAUUAAACCCAAUGACGAAAAAAAGUCAGGAGUUUUUGAUGAACAACUUGUUGGUCAUCAAGUAACCUAUCUAGGUCUUAUGGAGAAUUUACGAGUACGCCGUGCUGGCUUUGCUUACCGUCGUGAAUAUAGUCUUUUUUUGGAAAGAUACAAGAGUCUAUCGAGUCAGACAUGGCCACAUUAUCACGGCAGCGCCAAAGAGGGAGUUCAAAUUCUGGUCUGUGCUCUUGGUUAUGAAGGUGACGAAUAUAAAAUGGGCAAAACCAAGAUAUUUAUAAAAUAUCCUAAGACACUUUUUUACACCGAAGAUGCUUUUCAAGCCAAAAAACACGACUUGGCUUCAAUUAUUCAAGCAUCUUGGAAAGGUGUUCUCCAGAGAAGGCGAUACAAACAAAUGAAAGAGGCUUCAGUUAUCAUGCAGAAGUACAUCCGAAGAUUCAUAGCCAAAUGCCGCGCUAAAAAGCGAAGAAAGGCAGCGAAUGUACUAAGAAACUUUAUACAUGGUUUCAUUACCAGGAACGGUCCUGCAACCUCAGAGAACAGAGCAUUUUUAGAACUUGCUAAAGCUCAGUGGUUACUCCGUUUGUCGAAAAGUCUGCCGCAGGAUAUUCUGAAUAGAACAUGGCCACCAUGUCCCCAUGUUUGUCAAGAAGCAUCACGAUAUUUAGAAAGGCUUUAUGGAGCACAUCUGUCGCGUAUCUAUCGUCGCAAACUAAGCCCUGAGAGAGAAGCUCAACUACGUCUUAAAGUUUUGGCCGAAAAACUUUUCAAGGACAAGAAAAAUAGUUACCAAAGCAGUAUUCCACAUUGGUUUAAAAAUGAUAGAGUUUCGGAUUCGGUACCGAAGCAGAAUUAUGGGACAAUCCUGAACGGAGAAAAAGAACUGUACGCUUCCAGUGUUAUGAAAUACGAUAGGCAUGGUUACAAGCCUCGUGAGCGAGUAAUUUUAAUAACGAAAAAGAAUUUGUAUUUGUUGGAAAUAAAAAACGCACCGAAAAUAAAGCACUCGCUGCCAUUGAAUAAGCUAACCUUUGUGGUUACUCCAAAUGUAGACAAAAUGUUAUUGGUGAGAAUCCCGGAAGACCUGAUGAAAAAGGACAAAGGAGAUUUAAUCCUGGAAGUUCCUCACAUUAUAGAAGCUAUGACACAUAUUAUUAACAUCACCGAUAAUCCAGGACUUCUGACAAUAUAUGAUAAAACCCCAAUUGAACACUCUAUGAAAGGUAAGCGAGGUACCAUAGACGUGAUCAUUGGAAAUUCUGAAAGUAUUCACAAAGAUAAAACUGGACAUUUGCUGAUUAUGGCUUCCCAAUAAUUAUCGUCAAGAUGAACUGAAUAUCGAAGGCUCUUAGUAAUAUCAUAUUUUAACACGGAUUCACAUAAAUGAAAUUUUAACUUAGUACUUACGUGCCAUUAAGACUGUAAUCAGUAUUUAAUAUUGUAUUGUACGAGUAUAUUGAUUAUGAAACAGAGUGGGGCAAAAAUCGUAGAAAUUGCUUAACAUAGUUAUCUUAGGUUAGAAAUAUGUCUAGUAUUGAUAUUUUGAAUUUGUAAUUUAAAUUACAGGAACAUUUCAAGCCUUUUAGCCUUAUACCAUGUGAUUAAAAACGAUUAGGUAACUAUUUUGACAUCUACCACUGAAGAUAAAUUUUAACAUUAUAAUGUGAUAUUAAAUUCGCUGUUGAUUUUUUGCCCACUUUUAAAAAUAUAUUUAUUUUGAGUUGUCUAAAGUUACAUUUGUUAGUUUUAACAUAACUGUUAUACAUAUUAUACAUAUUUAAAUAUU